UCUCUCUCUCUCUCUCUGGUACCACGAAUGCCUCACCCCGAGCGAUGGGCAAUCUAACAGUGUCCUACCCGUUUGAUCAGUGCACUUCCGGUGCCUUUCAAUAGGCAACACAACAACAUUAGAAACACGCAGGAUCGGAUGCGAUCCGGCAAACGCGGCUGAACGCAUGCAUGUUGCUGAGGACACAAAAUGCACAUCAACAGCACACACAUCAUGCAACGUCUAGCACUGCCGUCAGGUGUCACCCAGUGUAAAAAAUCAAUACGGUUUUUUACAAAAGCCACGCGGGACUUGAAGCCGCUGUCCAUACUCNUACUGCUCAUAGCAGCACAAACGCCUGAGCGUUUCCGCGAAGCUUUGCAAGCGGCCGCAGUCGCUGUUGGUGCCCGGUACUGCAACCACGAUACUCCGCCGGGUCCGCUCCCUGAUAUCAGCAAACUGCCGGAGAGGCAGGCCGCCGCACAGCAACACGCUGGAUUAUGCGGAAAGUACCACGCGGAACACAUCGCCAACAUCGACGUCACCAUGGUGGAAACGAGGGCAGCAGGAGCUGAGAUCACAACGAAAAGAAUGAGGAAUAAGGCCUGCUACGACGCCGGGACGGCGCUCAACGCGCGAGGUCGUGGGGUUCAGCUGAGGAGGCAGAAGUGCUUCACCCACGCCUGCCGCGCGGUAUGGCCUGACGACCAGCCGCUGCCCGCAGCUGUACUUGACGCUCUUUCGAUGUAGUGUGUGGCGCACGUGCCAUCGGCUACGCACGCGGGGCAAGGUAGCUAUGUUGUCUGUUUUGAUGAAGCCGAGACCGGCGGGCGAAUGUGUUGGCUCGAUUUCCCAAUGGGCGAACGGGCUAGGGUAGUUGCAGCAUAUUCGACAUCAACCGAAUAUCAGCCAGGUCUCAAACAUGAACGGCGCACGUGUGUGUUGACGGGGCGGGCAUUGGUGUGUCCCUGUGAAUGCUGGAAAGGCUGGUUGUUCACGUGCUGCUGCUAAUGGUAAAGGGUUGGGUCAACAUUCCGUAUCACCUUCGUUGUGCACAAAAAAUAGGAACACGAGUUCGUCACGGUUGUUGUCGGUCGCGCGGAGCAGGGCGGACUUGCACUUCGGGGUGUCACAAAUGAAUAAACAUAAAUAUAUGUUAAAAAUAAGUUUGGCAAGAAAGACAUUCGGAAACGUGGUUCCAUGCAUCGUGGUUCUUUUGCGAGAGUUUCUUUCGUCUGUCCUUCAGGAAUAUCUUGGAGGUUCACGGGGAUUCCGACAGGUGCACGAGAACAUGUGCGUUCAAUUCGUUUGGCAUUCGAACUAAGCUCAUUUAUCCCACCUAACAUCAACACAAGAAAAACGGGCACGAAUAUUCUGUCCUGGUAAUUGUAUGCAGAGCUACUCACCACGCUCACCCCCGUCACAGCCCGAACGUGACACCCCUCAAAUUUUCAAAACACACCGAAAGGGGGGG